AUGGCGCCUGCCAGCGCGGCGGCUGCGAGUGAGGAAGGCUUUGAGCUGGAGUUCUCUGAUCUGAUCCCGCCUCUUUCCACGGCCCGGUUCUUGGAGGAGUUCUGGGGGCAGAAAGUUUUUUCGACUUCUCUGUGCGAGGAUCUCCUGACAAUCCUCAGCGUGGGCUUUCACGACGGAAACCUGUCCGAAUGUGUUGCGGACUGCAGGAAGGAAGAUAAUGUCCAGUUCACUGAAGCAGAGUUGGAAGGGUUCCAGGCAGAUCUGGAGCAGCGAAGGAGUGUGAUCUUGCCGUUCUGCUUCACGCCAGGGGCCAUUGACAUUAAGCGUGCCUUUAUCCAGGCAUGCUCUGGGUUCGGCAACGACAUUGAAGUUGGCAUGUACUUCUCGCGGCUCGGAUGCGAGCCGGCCCAGUGGCAUUUCGACCCGAACCACAAUCUGACGAUACAGAUUUUGGGAGAAAAAGACUGGUACUUCGCCGAAGGCAAUCCUCACACUUUCGGUGCUGCUAGAGGCAUGCGAGACAUGCCGAUGAACUUCAUGGAUCAGAGCAUCCCCAUCCCGGGCACAGGACCCUUGGACAGAUCGUGCUAUAACCUCCGGCCAGGAUCAGUGUUGUACAUUCCCCCAGGCCAUUGGCACUCUGUCACUCCGGUGCAAGGCGAGUGUGUCUCCGUGAACUUGCGGGUGGCAAACCUGCUUCAUGCAAAGUGGAUCUGUGAGGUAUUAUUUGCAGAGAUGAUCCGGGCCGCCCGGGGCCAGGGCACUUUAUGUGCAGUGCGACCUCCUGAUUUUGGGGGUCCUGGGCUGUCCCACGCCAUGAACCAGCAGGCAGCGCAUUGCCGAGAGCUGGAGUCCUUUUGGUGUCGUCCGCCACGCUGUUUUCCAUUUCAGAAGGAGCACUCGGACGGCCUCAGGCUGGGUGCGACGCUCGACUUCUUGAAGUCCAAGAACUUCUUGUGUGAUCGUUCCUUGCUGUCCAAAGAUGCGCUUGUCAUCAUGAGCCCGCUUGUGCCGGGAACCUGGGAGCUUCGUGCUUUGGGUCGUAGAGUCGACAUGGCGCGUGAACUACUUACUUCGAAGGUGCUUCUUCUGCUGGCAUUUGGCACAAGAGGCAUGUAG